UUAAUCAGACUGCAUGAACUUGCGCAGCCUGUAGUGCUAGAAAGUGGUUUGCCCUGCUGUCUACAAUGGCAAAGAAUGAUGUUGAACCUUGUAUAAAUGUAGAACCACUGAUUCACUUGGGGAGAGGACCUGGUCAGCCCUGGGAGCACAGGUGAAGUCAAUGCAGCUGGGUGACUGCAAGGGGUGAGGCCUGGCUGCACCAUUCUGAAACUUCAUUUAAGGGCUGAAUGCCAUUGGAGAAGGAUCUCUGGUUGGAGAUCCCUCCAUUGUGGAGGUUUUCCUGUGAGCCUCAAUCUUCAGAGGUGGGUGAGCACAUUCCCUUUGCCCCAGUCCCUUUGUUAUCACACCUCCUGUAUCACCAUUCCCGUGCAUUGAUCUUUCUGAUUGUUACAAGCCUACUGUUUCCUUGUUGCAUGCAGUCAUUGCAGCUUAUUAGGGCACCAAACUUGUACAGAGACGUAUGCCUCAUUUUGAUCUUCUGGCCUUCCUCUUGGUUUCCCUUGAACUGAAGAAUACUGAGGGAGAGACAGAGAAACAAAAUUGCCUUGUGAGAUUAAAGAGAGGUGGGAGACCCUGGAUAAUAUCUGAAUUUCUUUGAAGUGAAGGCUGCACAGAUUAAGAAAAGUGUAAUUGAACUAAAGGCGCUCUUUUUUGAAGUCGAUAUACUUUUACCCUGGCUAAGCAAUUUCCUGGUCGUGGUUUUUAUCACUUUCCAGCACCUGCUUGCUUCAGAGGGCGACACUCCAGGGAUUACUCUGAGGGAAGUGCCAAGAGCCAGCGUUUCUCACUGCCCUCUCGCCCGCCUCCGCCCCCUGCACUGCUGCACACACACCCCAAUAUAGAAUGACAGCACACUGCCACAGUUUAAAUGACUCUGCCUCUUCAGAAGGACAGGCCCUUCAGACAGCACCAACCACAACACUGCCUACCCUUGCGAGAAACAUCAUGGCAUACAAAGCAGCACAUCUGGCUUUUAAGUCCCGCUGGCACAAGACAGAUGAAGAACUCUGUCGCCACAGCAUGUCGUUUGACUUACAUAAGGCAAUCCAGAAUGACUUCUUUCAGUGUUACCUUUAUCUGCUGGAAACGCUUCCCCUGGGGGGUGGGGAAAGCUGGCACCAACCGCGCCCUGGACUGUGGCUCUGGGAUAGGUCGGAUCAGCAAGCAUGUCCUGUUACCAAUUUUCAAGAGUGUGGAACUGGUGGAUAUGAUGGAAAAUUUCCUGGCUGAGGUCCCGAACUACCUGCAGGGCGAGGAGGACAGAGUAGAAAUGUAUUAUUGCAAAAGCCUCCAGGAAUUCACUCCAGCCCCACAAAGAUAUGAUGUCAUCUGGAUUCAGUGGGUUUCAGGAUAUCUGACAGAUAAAGAUCUCCUGAAAUUUCUCAUCCGGUGCCAGAAAGGCUUGAAAGAUAACGGUGUUAUCAUUCUCAAGGACAAUGUAGCCAGGGAGGGCUGUAUCCUGGAUUGCCUGGACAGUAGUGUGAUCCGAGACCUGAACAUCCUCCGCAGCCUCAUUGAAAUGAGUGGACUCGUCAUCCUGCAAGAGGAGAGGCAGGAGGGGUUCCCUGAGCAGUGUGUCCCUGUCUGGAUGUUGGCCAUGCAAAAACGUCCUGCCCAUUCCUGAUGGCAGUGGAGGAUGGACUACAGAUGAAUGACAGAGCUGGGAAGGACAAAGGGGAAGAAAAGCACCUGCUAGAAUACUACUAGCUAUGUACUGCUACCACUGUAAUUGUAAGGCAGCGACUUAUGAAGGAUCAAGAGAGAAUUGAGCCAGCCUCUCCAGGCAAUAGUCUGCUUCUAAAUCCUGCCUGCGUCACCAUUUGUAAAAGACUUUCUGACUGCUCCUUGUCAGAUUUCUCUUUCAUUAAAGAGCCAAUAUUAAGACAAAACUCAACUAAGUAGAGUUUUUUGAGGGGUUAACAAAUAAGGCUGAUUUUCACUGUGGCAUCUGUAUUUUCCUGGAAGUUAAGAAGAAUCUGUCAGAUCACUGAAGCUGAAUACUCAAAUAACUUCUGGAAAACCUAACAUGCCUUGCUUAUGUUUCUGCUGUAUAACAGUAGUGGCGCAUAAGGAUAUUCUUGCUCCAGGGAAAAGAUUAUAAGACAUAUAAGCAUGUUUGUAUUGAAAAUCUGUGAAAAGAUUACCCCACAAUCCACUUUCUGGAAAAUGUUUCUUCAAAAUGUUCACAGUGGAAACCACUUGAAAGCAUCUCUUUAUUAUUCAUACCACUGUAAAUUUCUUUCUUUCCCACAUUCAGAGCAAAUCUGGCACCAUAUGCAGAGCUAAUGGGAUUUCAUGGGGUGUUAAUCGUAAGACUGCAAGAAGAACUAAUACAGUAUUGUAUUAAUUAACAACUGUACUAAAUUGCAGAGGGUGUUAGUAACCCAAAAGCAUCUAUGAUUUAUAUUCAAACAGCAGCUGUAUAAGCCUGGAUUUGACAAUACUAACACGCAUACCGGCUCCUUAGAGCUCACAGAAAUUACACAUUGAGAUUCUUGUCCCUUUCAUACAGGCACAGAAAGCACUUUGAGAGGACAGAGUUCCUUUUGCGAAGGACAAGUGCAAGAGGAGGCAGUUUUGAAAUUCUCUGUAAACGAAGAACAGUCGUAGUCCUAAUGAGAAAUAUGGAUGGAAUCAAACGUUUCCUUUGCAUUAAAAUAAUUUGCUUUUUAAAUAUUUGUUAUUAUAAUGCAGCAAAAAAUGUAAAUGAGAUGAAAUGUAAAUAUGGCUUGUUCAAAAUGGACUGCUCUGACUCUUUCAGGAUUAUUGUUUUGUUUUGUUUUAUUCACCUGCCAUCCUGGAACAACUCAAUGGGCUUUUUGGAGAGUUGCAUUAUGACAGAUGUCCGUGUUCAGAUGGAAAGGGUUCUAUGAAACAUCCUCCACAUGGCUGUAUGCACAAUUGUCUUUGUCAAAUAUUGUCAUCUGUGUUAGAUUAACUCGCAUAGAAGCCCAACGAUAACAAGACUGGGGAACUUCUCAGUUGGGUUUUAGUUCUUUUUGCCAUCCUUCAAUAACAAAUCUCCAGUUUUGAUUUAAUUGUGUAGCUCAUCUUCUCUGGCAAUAUGAUAGCACACGUUGAGAGUUUCCAAUUUAUGGCAUAGGGCUUCCUGCCAUCAAAUCUUACCCAGUAAUUGUUGUUUUUUGUUUUUUUUAAUGUGCCAUUACUAAUUGUAGCAUUAAUGAAAACAGCUCUGGUGAUUUGGUGAAUAUUCUGUCAUGUCAUGUAACAUAGGAACCUAUGGUUCCCAUGACACAAAUGUGUCUAGAAUAUCUUGGUUAAUUCUUCUGUUUGAAUCAGCUGGUAAUGACUGUAAAUGUAACAUGCAGUGAUAAAACACUAGGUGACAAUUUUUGUUCCGGAAUUGUCCCUUGGGAUAAGGGCUUUUAAUUCCCAUUCAACCACUAGAAUUCUUUCAUUCCAUUUUAGCACCAAUUAAAAGCUGGUGCUAUGAUUGAGUGAAUAUGUGCAGAAAUUCGAAGGAAAACCAUUCAUUUGUUUUACAGGACAGACAUAUCAGUCCUAUAGUUAGCUACACUCAUUAGCAAUAACAAAUAUUUAAAAGUCCUAGGUAUGCAUUACGAAUUAAUUGGUUCUAAAUCAUUUUUUUCUUCCAGCCAGAAACUUCUGUCAUGGCGCAUGUUAUAGUCUGGGGACUACUGGAAAUCCUCAUGUCUGUGCCAGGCUUAUCUGAAUGAUGUUGGUCACUUCAAUGGCAAGAGAACAGCACUGUGGAAAUAGGGAGGUAAAUGAUUUUAUACGACUCUAAGUUGUAGCUGCCAGCUAUUACUUUAUAGAAUACAUCAGCUCUUCACUUACGCGCUGGAGAGGUGCUGUCCCAAGGUGGACUUUCAUGAGGACUACCUCAUGAAAAGGGGUUAGAACGAAAGGUAGAAUAUAAAUGUCUGCUAUCACUAUCAGUGAAAUAGAUUUUUCAAAGUAAAAGUUCUUUCUGAAUUUUGUAUGUCUUUCUUAUUUUAAUUUCUAGACUAUACAUGUGUAAACAUGUAAUGAAAAUUAGUUAUUUUAACUAUGUUAAUAGUUAAUGGGGAAUGGAGCCAAGUCAAUUCUUAAUUUAGUAGAAAAACGCAUAUUUCAUGGUUACCACAUUCCUGAAAAUUAAUGUUUCAUGGCUAUGUUGCUUCCACAGUAAAAUAUUAAAGCUUUUCUGGUGACAUAAUGAACCUCAAGAGUAAAGAAACACAAGCCCCCCAGGGGCACAGAUGCAUGGGAUUGCUUAUGACAGAAUAAUAUUUUGUUUUCCUCCUUUUCCAAGUAUAUUUUAAUUUAAAAAUUCACAGUUAACCACCAUAGGCAGUGUUACACUCUUACAAAAGUUCAUGAAUUUGGGUAAGGGCCAUUCUUGGUUUAAAAGUUCUGGCCUCUCUGGACUUUACUGUAGAAUGUAAUAAUAAUAAUAAUGAAUCACAAAUUUCAAACAGAGGAUCUUGCUUAGAAACCAUGCAUGCAUCAGUUGCUCUUUGGUGUUCAAAGACUGAAUAAGAACUCAGUUGCUCUGCCUCAACUUCCAGAUUAUUUCAAACAUGCAUUUAAAUCUUUAGCUUAUCAGUUUGCCAGUGGAAUUUAAUCCAAUAUCAGUACCCUAGCUGAAGCAAGUUUCACAGAACAAGCUCGAACCAUCAUUUACCACUGACAGUUAAUUAACAAAUUAACAAAAUAGUCCUUCAAUCAGAUAUUACUCCCAGGCAAACAGUACUUAAGCAUUCUCUUAGCUAGAGCUCACCUCUGCUGUGCCACUGCCAAAGCUCUUCAUAAUGUCUGGUUGUCCCAUAUCAGGCCUGAUGCUUAUUUUCUACACGACUGAAAGCUGGUGUCAUUUAAUGUAUGAAUGAGGAAUGUAACAUAAGGAACAAGAGAUUCCUUGCCAAAGAGAUUCCUUAGCCCUGACAGUAGCCCCUAUGUGCUACUGGAACCAAAACACAAUACAGAACCAAUUGUAACAGCAGUCUGAACAGCAAUCCCAACUGUGAAGCUCCUGCAACCAUCACAGCUCAAGCUAUUUGUGUUCAGAAAGCAACUCAGACAUUACAAAUGUCUUCUAAUUGGAAGGGAGAGCCAUCGUUUUGAAACAUGUUGCUGAAUGGAUAUUCUAAAAUAUUUUGUUUCAGAAAUGAUCAUAUCAAAAUUCUUAGUUUGACUUCCUUGUUUGGAUAUUUAUAUAAUUUAAUCUAAACUUAAAGGCUAUGUGAGAUGAUAUUUUAAAUAUUACGUGAUAUAGUGUUGUAAUAGUUGAAGUGAAGCAUUAGUUUCCUACAAAAUAAUAAAUUCCAUACAUUUCCUGGCCCCAAAUUUAGUGAAACAAGUCAGCAGUUUCCAGAGGAGAGUAAUUUCAAGCACUGUGCUGUCAAGAAGUAUUUGCACGAACUGUUUUUCUUCAGGUGUAUUGCAUCAUUUCAGGCAUCUUCGCUGUGCCUGGCUUAGGGAAAAGCCACCUUAGGCUCUUUGACAGGCAGGAAAAUUGGCAUCUCUAGAGCAAUUCACACCACCUCAGAGUGAACUGGCUUGAAGUAGGAGAGUAUCCUCUCUCCUCAGUUGCUGUAGGAAUGAAAGCACAUCCUUAUAACUGAGUUAGUAACUUCUUUAUCAAUGAUAAGCAGAAGUGCAGUGUGACCUGCGGAGCUGUGUCUGUUGAAACCAGCCAAGAGUGUGGGCGUGGGUAUUGAAACACCCAUUAAAAGUCAGUUGUGGUACUGGGGCACAACAUUAAAGUGAGGAAUGUUAUCAUACUACCGUAAUCAGUUGACAUAGUGGCAACUGAUAAAAGAUGGAUCAGUUACACCUCAAAGUGAUCUGAGCACCUUUAUACCAUUUUCUUGUUUGUUUUCCAUUCCCUUUAUCCAGGUCUCCAGAGUGUUUAGGAUGGCAUAUCAGACAGUAGGUCUGUCCAGAGGAACGUGACUGUUACGUGUAACUAAAUUCAGUUGUCUUGCAUCCCAUUCUUCUUCUCUUCCUUUGAUGUUUCUUCUAACUUGCCAAGGCAUUCCUCCUCCACUUGUCAAAAGUGAUUUGUUCUCUGUGGACAUUGCCGCAUCUCACUGAAAUAAAAUGAAUUACCUUUGAUUUUAAGAGGAGGUAAUUCUGUUUAUCUGGGAGCAAUAACAACACACUGUAUUUCAAAUAUGGGUGUUAAUACCCAUCUUUUUCAGUUGAUGUCAAGUAGGCAUUCCCAGACCUUUGUACAAAGCUCACAUUCUCAUCAUCACCAUAAAUAAUAUUUGGUUGACAAUGUACAUCCCUGGACCUUGAAGCAUAUGUUGUCAUUGUGACUUGGAUGAGGAAACUGAGGCACAGAAGAGUGAGCUGGGCUGCAUUACAGUUCUCUGUAAGUGGGAGCUGUGAGUGAUUAACACCUCCACGAAUUAGGCCACUACAGGAACUACGGAGUGUUUUGCAGGCAGACAUGAACUUACUCUGUUUGUGCUCAGAGCAGAUUGAAACAGCGUGUCUGUGGUUAGCCUGCUUACUGGGCCAACCUGGUAUGUCCUGCAGAGAGGACUCAGGCUGAAUACUGUGCUCACAAACAUAUACAGCUUCUGAUCGUGAUGAAGCAUUAGUACAACCUGGUGUACACCUGCAGCAAAAAUAAAACCAGAAAAUCAGUGGAGCAUCUCUCUUCCAUGUCUCCUUUCGAGAAACGUUGAAUUUUCAGGCUUUUUGAACCAACCUGGUAUUUUCAAGCUCCUAAGAUUAAGGUUUUUGGAGAUAUUUGAAGGAAUCUUAUAAGUGCACUUAAUGGACACUUGCUGGUCUGUGGAUUCUUAUAGGUCUCUGAAGAUCUGGGUUCUAAGAACCUAAGCUUCAUGCAAGAAUAAGCUUACAGAAUUAUCUGGGAGACCAGAUUUGGAAGCCCUUAAGUGCUUAAGUGGAGGUAGGAAGAUACGUAUUUGUGUGUGCACACAGUUAACAGUCUUACAGAUGUGUUGCAUAUAUGUUGAAUAGACAGCUUGUAUUUACUAGGGUGACCUGUGGUCCUUGAAAUAUAUGUGGCUUGUCAGCUUUGAAUGGAUCAUCAGCUGCAGAAGGAUGGUGACUGUUGUGUAAUCUGGAUCCUCCAGCACACAAAUAAAUAGUCCAGCAGGGUUUGCCAAGAAUAUUUCCAGACCUGCAUUGGAUGUCAUUUGCUGAACUUGGCUCCAUCCCAGCACCCUGUGGCAGGAUCUCCUGAGGGACACCUGGCAUGUCUUACUUCCAUGUGGGGCUACCCUAGUCUCUCUGAAGUACGGUGCCCAAAUCUUACACCUCUCAAUCAUGAGGAUUUGUGAUGUGGUACGUAGGAUCAGCUAAGAUGACCUAAUGGCCUUGGGGCUAAAAGUUUCUACUGAGGACCAAAGUGAAGAUUCUAGGUGGUACGCUGGGGUUUUAUUUAUGAAUCAGUGCAUGUGUGCAUUGCUAAAUAAACAAGUGGCUUCUCCUGAAAUUAGGGUACCGUUGCAAACUCUUAAAAACACAACCCAUAAAAUAAACAGACUCCAGGAGUUACCUGUGAUUCUUGCCACUGCAGAAACUUCAAGGUAACAAGAAGUCAAUAAACCCCCAUCAACAAAAUCCCCACUGGGAUCCAGCAGCAGAGAGUCUGAAGCAGCAGUCAUCAAGAGAAACUAAGUGAUUCAGUAAAACAUUUAUGUUCCCAGAGGAACCAUUUUGGGGCUGCCUUGAUUUGGUGAGAGGGGCAACUCUGACCGGUUAUCAAAGGCAAAACAGGCCAUUGGAAAGACUUCUCUUUGGGUGCUAUCAGACUUGCCCCCUACUCUGGGAUUAGGCUAUAUAACCCCCCUACCUUGCUGGAUGCCAGGGUAGAGGGACUUGAGCAAAGAAGCACUUUCUCACCCUCCAAUAAGUUUUUUCACUGCUCAGGUAGGAUUCAGUCCCCAUCUUUCUGUCCCCCUUAAUCUUUGCAGUCUCCUAAAUGAUGUCUGAAACAACCUUUAGUUCACAGCGUGCAGCAAUUAUGAUUCAGUGGGCAGAGCAAACCCUGCCUGUUCCCUAACGUAGCUGAGAUUAGUAACUGAUUAUUUCUUCUGGGCUCCUUCAACACAGGCAGUUUUGUCCUGUCAUCCCCAGCAGACUUCAUUCUCUACACAAAAUACAAGUAGUGUCUCACAAAAGAUGUGUGAGCACAUCGUUCUGGUGACCUGAACCAGCCAUGUAACAGGGAGUACAGGUACAUGUACCAAACCAUAAGGAUUUAGGAAUCAGUAGACUCAUUUCCUUGAUUGCCUUCUUGAGUAGUCGGAUCUGCUAACAGUCAGGACUGUAUGGCCUCCAGCAUUCCAGCAUCAGAGCAUGUU